AAAGAAAAGGUCACCCUCCACUGACCACCCACCUCCAAAACGAAAAAGUCAAGUGAGACAGACAGACACCCCCACCCGGGGCGGUGGUUUAUGUCCUUUGGUGGUGGUGGUGGUGGUAGUGGUGGUGGUGGGCGUAUUGGUGUGUGAUAUCAGGAGACUUAACAACGUGAUCUCUUAACUUGUGGCGGUGGCAACCUAAUUACCCAACAACCCAACCUGUGAUACUGAUGCCUGGUGGGGUGUGGGGGCGAUACCUGUGAAAGCGCUGACCGGCAGGCAGGGCUGAGUGGGAGAGAGAGAGAGACUAGGGGGGUGCGCAGCUUAAGCCGCGUACGCUUGCGUCACACACACCCCCACUCCCCUAAGCGGUGGCGGAUCUUAGAUCUUAGAUCUUGAAAUCAGCCGCAUACCCCUCCUAAGUCCAACCCUAAUAACACCACCCACCACCUCCUUCCUCCACAUUAUGUCACCUCUCAACCCCCUUUCCCACCACCUCCUCCUCCAACUAUGGCUGCUUCCUUGUCCUCUGCCCAAGAACUCAGCCCAGCUAACGCCGCCACCAUCACCAUCGCCUCCACCAACGUCGCCGCCGCCGUGGCCGACGUUCGUCCAACCCCAAAGCCUCCUUCUUCCCGACGUCUCCCUCCUCCUUGCUGGUCUCACGAAGAAACCGUAGCCCUCAUCGAUUCAUACCGUGAUAAAUGGUACUCCCUCCGCCGCGGUAAUCUCAAGGCCACCCACUGGCAGGAGGUCGCCGAUGCUAUAGCUCGCCGCUGCCCCUUCGCCAACCCUUCUAAGACAUCCGUCCAAUGUCGCCAUAAGGUCGAGAAGCUACGCAAGCGUUACCGAACCGAGAAGCAGAAAGCCCUCUCUAACCCUGGCCGCUUCUCGUCCUCUUGGGUUUAUUUUCGCAAGAUGGAUGCCAUGGAGAAAGGCCCUUCUGCUUCUUCUUCCGCCCCUGCACGUUCUAAUUCCACCGAAGAAGAAGAUGACGACGACGAUGAUGAGAACGAAGACGAUGGCGAGGAAGAUCCACUGCCUCCCACCAAUACCCGUAGUCUCCAUCGCCUUUUGAACAAUGGGGUUAGUAAUAAUGGCGGUAGCGGAGGAGGUGUUGGUGGGUUUCGUCUUAGAAUUCCCAGCCGCGCAACGGUUGCUUUGCCGGCCGUCACGGGAUUCCGGUCCAGGGGUUAUGAUAGGGUUGUCGAUGAAAACCCUAAUUCGAACCCUAACCAUAAUCCUAGGUACUUGAAUGGUUUUUCCUCAUCAAGGUCCAGCUUUGGGCGGAGGAGCGAUGGGGGUGGGAGUGGAGGUGGUGGAGGGGUUAAGAGAGAAAUGGAUCCGGUUUCCGAAAUGGUUACUUCGAUUAAGAUGUUGGGAGAAGGGUUCGUGAAGAUGGAGCACAUGAAGAUUGAGGUGGCCAGAGAGAUCGAGAGAAUGCGGAUGGACAUGGAGAUGAAGCGGACCGAGAUGAUUCUGGAGUCCCAGCAGCGGAUCGUCGAAGCCUUUGCCAAAGGGUUUUCUGGGAAGAAGAAGAUCAAGAGGUUACCAUCGCCGGAUUCAUAGACAGGGGAGGAGCAGAAAUAUUAUGUACUUUUUUCGAUUGCUCUUCCGCAUUUUCAUGGUUAUGCCACGAUUUGAAAGAACAGAUCUUGAGGAAAAUGCGAUCACAGUGCUCACUGCGUGCCAAUCGAAGUCUGGGUCUUGCACGCAUCAGUCCAAUUUGGUCUUAUUAUCGAGAAAUAGAAGUUGGUGAGUUGUAGACACGAAGAUCUUACGAAUUCCUGCUUUCAUUUUUACAUAUUUCUGUUUCCUUUUCUGUCUGAUCGGAAGCUCAGAACUUACGUAGUUUUUGUAAUUAUUUCUUUUGAAGGAAAAUGAAAAGAUACUAUUUAUUAGGAAAUUUGCUUGUUGAGCCAAUGAAAUUAUUUACUCUGUAUUAGACUUGGGGCCACAUUGGAAGGUUUUAAUGGAUCUUGGGUUCUCUUUCCUUCAGAA